AUGGUACAGAAAUCAAAUGGCAGCUGGAGAAUGUGCGUAGAUUACAAGGAUCUGAACAAGGCAUACCCGCGUGACUGCUACGCCUUACCAGAUAUCGACGAGAAGAUCGACUCUCUAGCAACAUUCAGAUGGAAAUGUUUCCUUGACUGUUACAAGGGGUACCACCAGGUACAAAUGGCCGUCCAAGACGAGGACAAGACUGCAUUCCGUACACCGAAAGGGAUAUACUGUUACACCAAAUUGCCUUUCGGUCUAAAGAAUGCAGGGGCGACUUAUCAGAGACUGAUGAACGAAACCUUCAGUGAGGCCAUUGGCAAGUACAUCGAAGUGUAUAUGGACGACUUGGUCGUCAUGAGCAAAGAGGAAGGUACGAUGCUGGUGAAUAUUAAGAAGACAUUCGACACACUACGCGGAGUAAGCAUCAAGCUAAACCCAGCGAAAUGUUCUUUCGGCAUGGAAGAAGGGAAGUUCCUGGGUUUCAUCGUUACGAAGGAUGGUUUUAAAGUAAAUCCCGAAAAGGUGCAAGCAAUCGAGAGAAUGCCUUCACCAUCAACUAUCAAGGAGAUGCAGAAAUUGGCAGCAUCUGACAAAGCGGUUGGAGCAGUUUUACUCAUCGAUCGCCAAGGUAUCCAAACACCAGUUUACUACGUGUCCCGUACCCUGACCGACCCAGAGACUCGGUACGCCAUCAUGAAAAAACUAGUACUAGCACUAAUCCAUGCAUCGAGACGGCUGCGCAGGUACUUCGCCAACCACGUCAUCCACGUAUUAACAAAUUACAACAUCGGCAACAUCCUCGCAAGGCCCGAGAUUUCCGGAAGGUUAGCAAAGUGGGCAAUAGAAUUGGGAGGCCAUAAUGUGGUUUUCAGGCCGAGACCAGCAAUCAAAGGCCAGGUGUUGGCCGAUUUCAUGACAGAAGUACCUAAUGACAAGGAUCGAGAGUGCAAAGCGAUGGAGAAAGCUGAAAGACAGCAAACAGAAGAACCAUGGCUACUAUACACAAAUGGCGUGUCCAACGAAGACGGCACAGGCACAGGACUCAGGCUGGUGAGUCCAGAUAAACACGAAUACACGUACGCCAUCAGGCUAGACUUCAAAAGCACGAAUAACGAAGCCGAAUAUGAACCUUUCCUUGCCGGUUUAAGACUGGCGAUCAAGAUGGGAGUCAAACACAUUGAGGCGCAUGUAGACUCCAUGUUAGUAGCCAGGGAAAUCAAUGUCCAAUACGACGCCAAAGGAGACAUAAUGGCAUUAUACUUGAAUCAGGCAAAGACUUUGUUGCAAAGCUUCUAUUCCUACAAGGUUCAUCACAUCAACAGGAGCGAAAACAAACUAGCAGAUGCGUUAAGUAAACUCGCAUCCACAAGUUUCCAACACCUAGCCAAAGAUGUACGCAUAGAAGUUUUGAGCAACCCAUCAGUACCACUAAGAGAAGUAAGCGUUAUUCAAAUGGGAACAACGUCGUGGAUGACUCCGAUAAUCAUGUAUCUUCAAUCUGGGAUAUUACCGGAGAAUAAAGCUGAAGCAAGGAAAAUCCAGUACAAGGCUGAACACUAUCAGAUGGUUGAUGGAAUCCUAUACCAAAAAUCAUACCUCAGACCAUUAUUGAGAUGUGUCGACCCAGAAGACGCGAACUACUUGAUAAGAGAAGUGCAUGGGGGAAUCUGUGGUAUACAUGCUGGACUGAGAAUGGUGGUAGCAAAGGUGAUGAAUGUCGGGUACUACUGGCCUGGAAUGCACCUAGACGCAGUAAAGGCUUUGAGAAAAUGCAGCGGGUGCCAGAGACAUGCUCCCAAAACGAUGCGCCCCAAGAAUGAAUUAGUGCCCGUCAAAACGGCGUGGCCUUUUCAACAAUGGGGGAUAGACAUGGUCGGCCCUUUUCCCGAAGCCCCAGGGGCAGUAAAAUUCAUCAUAGUCGCGGUAGACUAUUUCACAAAGUGGGUAGAGGCGAAGGCACUGGCGUCAACCACGUCUACUGUGGUACGGCGUUUCAUCUGGGAACAGAUAAUCUGCAGAUUCGGGUUACCCCUGCGAAUCAUCACCGAUAACGGGACAAAUUUUGCCGCAGAAGAUCUCCAACGAUGGUUCAAGGAACUACACAUAGAGCAUACCUUCUCCUCGGUUGCGCACCCGCAGGGGAAUGGUCAAGUCGAAGCCGUUAACAAAAGCAUCAUAGACGGCAUUAAAGCACGAUUGGGAGAAAAAAGGAGAGGCUGGGUUGACGAAUUGCCCAGCAUACUAUGGGCCCAUAGAACAAUGCCCAAAACAAGCAACGGAGAGACACCGUUCAGCUUAGUCUAUGGGUCUGAGGCUGUCAUACCAGCGGAGAUCGGAUUGCCUUCACCAAGAAUGAUCUCCAUGAAUAUGACCAACAACGAAGAAGAAAGAAGGUUAGACCUUGACCUCCUAGAAGAAAGGGGAGAGAUGGCGGCAAUCAAUGAAGCAAAAUACAAAACAAAGCUGGAAAAGUACUAUAACUCAAAAGUCCGAGUCUGUACUUUCAAUCCAGGGGAUUACGUCCUGAGGGACAAUGAGGAAUCUAACGCUGAAAAACCUGGAAAAUUAGCUCCCAAGUGGGAGGGGCCUUAUGUGAUAGAUGCAGUGCUCGGAAAAGGGGUGUAUAAGUUACGCACCCUAGACGACAAAGAAGUCCCAAGAACUUGGAACGCUCAACAGUUAAGGAGAUGCUACAUGUAA